CGACCUACGCCGUUCUCUGGCUGGGCGAUGCGAGCGCACACAAAACCAAAAUUGCAACUUUCAUUGACAUUCAGUCGUGCUUUCGAUUUCGUUCGGUUCGGUUCGCAAAAAAUAAUCUAAUCCAGCCAGCCCGCUGGAGUAGCUCCCACAAUCUCUCUGUCUGAUUGGGGCAAGGGCACACCGCACUCAUCUCCUCUUUUGCCUAGGUCGCGGUGAGUGGAAAAGAACUGGUUCCUUUUUUCGAUUUGGCGCUGAUAGUGGAGUCUCACUAUCAGUCACCUUUCGGGGCCUGGUUCGGUUCUGGUGUUGCUAAUUUUCGUGCAAAAAAAGAAGAGUUUGGUGACAUUUUUGUCGUGCCGCGCGUGGUAGAAAGAAGAAAGUGUCGUCUCGCACGGUUGAAGUGUUGGUCAUCCGAUUAAUUCGCGAAUAGUGAUAAUAUUGGCUCAAGAGUGGUGGUGAAUUUGGCGGUGAAGCAGAGUGAUAAAGUGUCCCAAACGCCAGGAAAAAAAUCGGUCAAACAAAAAUUUGCUAAAUUCUUAAGUGAAAAUCAAGAUAUUCACAGCCAGUCAGUCAGCUGUUGGAGCAGAGUAAAUUUUUCAUGAUGUCAUCCAACAACAGCGUCGAUGUGCUGGAGGACGGCGCGUUCGCCGCCAGCAAGAACAGUUGGAAUCGGUACUAUUCCAACAGCGUCGUCCAGCCUCUGCUAACAGACCUUUACCAGAUCACGAUGGCCUACGCCUAUUGGAAGUCGGGCAAAAUCGACGACCACGCCGUGUUUGAUCUCUUCUUCAGAACCAACCCAUUCCAUGGGGAGUUCACAAUCUUCGCCGGACUGGAAGAGUGUCUGAAGUUCAUGGAAAACUUCCACUAUUCGGAAACAGAUAUAGAAUACCUAAAACAUGCCCUCCCCCAAGGCAUCGAGGAGGAGUUUUUCGAAUAUCUUGGCCAGCUAACGGCGAAAGACGUCACACUGUACGCCCUGAAGGAGGGCUCGGUCGCAUUCCCGAGAGUCCCGCUCAUCAAAGUGGCUGGUCCACUGAUUAUUGUGCAAUUACUGGAGACAACCCUGCUGACCUUAGUGAAUUACGCGAGCUUGAUGGCCACCAACGCGGCUCGAUACCGGAUGGUGGCCGGGCGGCAUAUCAACCUGCUCGAGUUUGGCCUCCGACGAGCUCAAGGACCCGAUGGAGGCCUUUCCGCAUCCAAGUACGCCUACAUAGGCGGCUUCGAUGGCACGUCCAACGUGUUGGCGGGCAAACUUUUCAACAUUCCGGUGAAGGGAACUCAUGCUCACCCGGUGGAAAUACUGGACGGAGCGUGGUUGAUGAGGGUCGACAACCAAAAGAGAGAAGGACUGUCCGCGAUCGAGGUGACUGAGCAGCAGUUUGGCAAAAUCAUUGACAUUGCGUCCACCAUAAGUAAUGACCUGAAAACGGCCCUGUUGCGACAUCGUAUGUCGAUGGACUAUGCCAAGCAGGAUCACAUGAGACUCGAGAUUACUGCAGCAGCGACGGAACCGGUGAAAGCAAAGGCUUCGAAGUCUACCCAGGCGAAGGGCUUCGCUUUCGCAAGAAGACCCCCUUGGACGAAGAUCGAGCGGAAGAAGAAGAAGAUAAAGCCGCUGGUCGAGGAAGCUAUGGUCAUCAAACCAAGGCGUAAAAGAGUAAGUACCAAGCGCGAGAAAGGCGAUGCGCUCGUCAUCUAG